AUGAUGCCCCAGCAUAUUGCUCAAAUGUUAGAAGAUGGUAUUCAGCCAAAUUCUAUAUGUGAGUCUCACAAAUUGAUAACAAUUAUGUUUUCUUACACAAUGGAUUUCAAAGAGCUAAUAUCAAAGUUAGAACCAAUUGAAAUAAUUGAAUGCAUAAACGAAAUAGUAAACACAUUUGAUCAAUGUACAGAUAAAUUUGAUGUGUUCAAGGUCGAAACAAAAGCUGAUUUAUCGUAUAUGGUUGUUGGAGGAUUACAAAACCGUGUAUCGUUGACGAGACGAAAAUCAAAUUAUAGCACGGGAUCGAAUUGUAGUUCAAUUGACACUAACUGUUCCAAUGGACCAAUUAAUUUGAAAAAUCCAUUAGAUUUGAAUCAAGCUGAAGUGAUGGCUGGACUAACUUUAGAAUUACUACAAAAAGCACAAAAUUUUAUUAAUCCAAUGACGAAUAAACCUUUUAAUAUCAAAUUCGGCUUUCAUUCUGGUCCAGCUGUUGGCGGAAUAGUGGGAAAUACAAACUUUCAAUAUUGUCUAUUUGGUGAUACUGUUAAUGUAGCCAGUCGUAUAACAACUUCUGGAGAAGCAGGACGAAUUCAUGUUAGUCCAACAUCUUACGAAUUGCUGAAACGUUCACCAUAUUAUGAGUUAGUUUAUCGAGGAAAAACAGAAUUGAAGAGUAAAGGCAUAUUCCAAACCUACUGGCUAGUUGGUACAAAAGCUAACUAUUCAAAUGAUCUUAAACCAAUCUUGCAAUUUAUAACAUCCCCAGAACAGCAUCUGUCUUCAGAUAUCACACAUUUUUUACAAAAUCAUUCCGUCGGUGCUAGUAUUGAUCGAUCGGAUACAUUAGAAAGUUUGGAAAUAGAAACUGUUCAAUCACCGGACGAACCAAUUGAUUCGAUUGUAGAUAUCCAACUAAACGAUGAGAGUUCGUCUACGUCGAGUUCCAGAGGUGAAUCAAUCAAUUCAACUUCACCAGAUGGAAAAGAUAUGUCAUUUGAUAAUAGAACUAGUGCUCAAUUAGAUGAACAAUUAAUAUUUCCGCGUCAUAUAACGCAUCCACAUGUAGUUAAUAAAACAUCUGUUUCAUGUAUUUCGGGAAAAUGUCCAUUUAGCUCAUGUUUUCCAUUCAACUAA